AUGGUAGAAGUUAAAUAUUUUAUUCCAAACAAGUCUAGAAUGCUUGUUACGCUCCUGGGCGAUAAGGAUGUUCGGAAUAUGCAUCAAAUACACGUCAACUUAAAUGCGUCGGUGAUUGAGUUGGUUGUUAGUCACAUUUUAUGCUUGAUCGAAGCAGCCGAUGUCGUCAUUGAUAUGAGGGAUAGUGGCCCAUUCCAAAAUGUCGAGUGGAGUUGCAGAUCCAAAUUUUUUUCAAAGGGUAUCUCAAGUAAUUUCGGUCGAGUUGUUGAAGAAACAAGAGCUGCAAUUGAAGAGCAACCUAGUCAAACAAAUUCUUUGGAUGCUUGGAAAACCUCUAUAGAGGGUGUUGGUCUGGAGUUCAAUGAUGUGGAAACUCUUCGCGACACGAUUCGCAACUUCUGCAUUGCAAAUUGUAGAGAUUGUCUUUGUGAAGAACGAUCAUCUGCAACUGACCAUGAAAUGUCGAUUGAUAUCGUAAAGGAUAUUCGUCGAGAAUAUGGUGUUGAAUUGCCAUAUCAUCAAGCUUGGCAUGGGAAGGAGGUGGCUAUGAAGGACCUUUAUGGUCACAGAUCAAAAUCUUAUGACCGGAUACGUUGGUAUUGCGACACCAUUCUUGAGACCAACCCCGGCAGCAUAGCUGAGUAUGAAACUAUUGAAGGUCGAUUCAAACGCCUAUUCAUUUCAUUUCAUGCUUCAGUAGUUGGUUUCAUAAGAGGAUGUAGACAUCUGAUUUUUGUGGAUGGAACAUUUAUAAAGCAUAAGGAUGGAGGAGUAGUAUUUAGCGCGACUUCCAAAGAUGCGAACGACGAUAUGUUUUCUAUUGCUUACGGUGUGGUCGAUACAGAGACUAAUGACAACUGGGACUGGUUUUGUCAGAUUUUGAAAGAAGCAAUUUAUAGUUGCAGCGAGUGGCGAAGUGAGCAAAUCACAUUUAUGAUGGAUAGACAUCAAGGAAUUAUUAAAUCAAUGCCGAAAUACUUUUCUGGCAGUUACCACUCAUAUUGUUUCCGUCACGUGAAAGACAACUUCAAGAAUCAGGCGCUUGUCUAUUAUCGUACAAGUGAGAGAAAGAGGCUACUCGAUUUACUAAAGGUUGCUGCCUAUACUUCAAGGCUGAAUGUUUUCCACAAAUUAAUUAACAAGCUUACAUUAGAAGCUCCAGGGAGUAGAACUUUUCUCCUGCAUGCAAAUCCGAAGCAUUGGGCAAAUGCAGUAUUCCCAGGUCCACGAUGGGGUAUUAUGACGUUUAACAUGGUAGAGUGUUUCAACAGUUGGAUCAUGGAGGCUCAGCAUCUCCCCGUUCCUCAAAUGGUUGACCAUAUCAGGCUUCAAAUAAUGACAUUGAUGCAUGAACGGGGUAAUCGAAGUUACAAUAUUCAAACACAUCUAUGCCCUGUUCCUGAGAAAGUAUUGCAUAGAAAUGCAGAAGACGGUCGGAGAUUAUCCGUAUUUACGUCAAACAUAAUGAUAUAUGACGUAAAGGAUACAAACUACUCGUGCAAAGUUGACCUCCAGAAUAGCAAUUGCUCUUGCGGCGAGUGGCGAAUAUUCCGCAUGCCAUAUAAGUAUGCAUGUGCACGCAUUGAGAAGGCUGGUAGAUCACUGUACCACUUUACUGACAAUUGUUUCCAAACUAAAUUGUACAGAGCAACAUAUGCCGAAGCUAAAAUUGACGUAAAAUGGCUGAAGUAA